AUGGCAGUGACACUGAGUGAUCUCAUACGAUCCUGCAGCAAUGACAGGAGACUCUCAGACGCUGUGGACCGUUUGGGACCGUCUGGCAGAAGCAGUUUUUGGGGGAAGCUGCAGCUGGAAGAAGCUUUUCCAAACAGGCCCGUUAUGUCGUCAUGUUGCACAACUGUUGACGACAGAGAAGCAGGUCCAAGCAUUCCCAAUCUUCAAGCAGGGACUGGGGAUUAUACACCAUGGUUGGGUCAAGAGUUCGCCUCUGAACAUGACGCAUAUGAAUUCUAUCGGUACCAUGCAUGGAAGUUGGGGUUCAGUGUCCGAAGAGAAUAUGCAAACAAAAGUAGGAAAACUGGUGAAAUAACCUCUAGAAAGUUCGUAUGUUCGAGGGAAGGAUUCAAAGCCCCAGAUAAACGAACCAACCAUACGAGGACUCCACAGCCUGAUACAAGAACAGGAUGCCACGCUAAUUUAGUCAUCAGGCGCAAAAAUGAUACUUCAAAGUAUGAGGUGUAUGCUUUCGAGGCACAGCAUAAUCACACCUUGUUUGUUCCAUCCUGUGCAAAUCCACUGCAAAGAAAGUUAAGUGAUGUUCAGUCUUCCGAGGCUGAUAACUCUGCUAGUGUGACACAUGCCAGCGAACCUGAAAACAGAAAUUCCAUUCUUGCUGAGAAAGCUAUUAAUUCCAUAGAAGGCUCUCAACGCUCUCUGCAAACUAGGAGGCAGUGGGAAACUGAGCGUGGGGAAGCCAGUGCUCUGUUAAACUACCUCCAAGAUCAAUCUCGAACAGAUCCUUUAUUUUAUCAUGCUGUACAGCUGGAUGCUGAAGAUAAAGUUACAAACGUUUUCUGGGCAGAUGCAAAGAUGGUAAUUGAUUUUGGUCAAUUUGGUGAUGUUGUUUCCUUUGAUAUUGUCUCCAGAAACAACAUGAGCCUCCGACCUUUUGCUUCUUUUGUUGGAUUUAACAAUUAUGGGGAGACAGUUUUGCUUGGAAUGGCACUUAUGUAUGAUGAUAGCCUUGAAUCAUUUCAGUGGCUGUUUGAGACCUUCUUGCAUGCCAUGUCUGGAAGAGCACCACAGACUGUCUUUUCACGCCAAGGCUCAACUGUAGCAAAGGCUAUCUCACUGGUGAUGCCUGACACAUGCCAUGCCAUAUGUACAUGGAACUUGAAGCAGUCUGCAAAAGGUAACCUCAAUCACCUCACUAGAGGGGAUUGUGGUUUCAUAAGGGAAUUCAAGGCAUGCAUCAAUGAUUACGAGGAGGAGGUGGAGCUUUUUGCUGCUUGGGAAGCUAUGAUCAGUAAAUAUAACCUUCAUAAUAAUGUGUGGUUGAAGAAUGUAUUUGAAGAAAAAGAGAAGUGGGCUAGGCCAUACACAAAGUGGAUAUUUUCAGCUGGGAUGAAGAACACGCAAUUAAAUGAACGCCUACAUUCUGAUGUUCGGGAUUAUUUGAAAUCUGAUGUGGAUAUUAUUUCUUUCUUAAAGCAUCUUAAGAAAGUGGCCAAUGAUAGACGGUACAGAGAAUUGGAGGUCGAAUUUAGCUCGAGGCUUAAGUUACCGGACUUCAAGAUUAGAGCUCCUAUUCUGAGACAAGCUUCCGAGGCUUAUACUGGUAUGAUAUUUCAGCUCUUCCAAGAAGAAUACGAAGAGUUUCAGUCAGCAUACAUUGUGAGUCGUGAUGAAAGUGGUCCGGACCGUGAAUAUAUUGUUGCGAUUCUUGAGAAAGAAAGACAGUAUAAAGUUCAUGGAAACCCUUGUGAACAGACAGUUACAUGCUCAUGUAGGAAGUUUGAGACACUUGGUUUCUUGUGUAGUCAUGCCUUGAAAGUUUUAGAUACAAUGGACAUAAAGUAUAUGCCUGAUAGGUACCUCCUGAAGCGAUGGACCAAAUAUGGGAGGUGUUUGACUGCACCGCAUGUUGAAAGUCGAAAGGUUCAGGCAGAUACCACAUUAGAAUUUUCUAGCCGCUAUGAAUACUUGUGUCCAGUAUAUGUUAGGCUUGUUGCUCGAGCAUCAGAAUGCGAGGAAUCAUACAGAGUGUUAGAUCAAUGUUCAGUAGAACUGGGUAAGAAAAUUGAAGAAAUCCUGCAGAAACAAACAAGCAUUGAUGCGUCGGCUCCUCAGUCUGAUGUUGAGGAUAUAACGAUAUCGUCAUCUGCAAAUGGUACUGACAAUGAAUUAGAAAGAGCACUGGAUUAUUCAAGUAGCACAAGACUGAAGAGACGAAAAAAGAAAGGCCAUAAUACCAAAAGUCAACGAAAAGGUUGUAUCGAGAAAGGUUUACAAAAAGACAAGAAAGUGCAGCUAGAACAAUCCCCAAUGCAAUAUACCAUGUUGGAUGCUGCUCAACCUGGAAAUGUUUUAUUUCAGGGGCUUGACAUUUCUAAUCCAUUUCCAAUGGGGCAACUGAAUUAUGGAGGAGUGCAGCAACAACCAGGCUCAUGCCCAAGCUUCCCUACUGUAUCAAGAGGCUUGUAAAAAAAGAAACAGCUUUAUUGAAAGUCAUGGAGCACAUUUGUUUCAAUCUUCAUUAUAAUUCUCGGAAUAGAACUGGCCCUGUUGAAGAUCAAUCGACUUCUCAAAUUCUUUUGUCGUAGGGAUCAGUCAGUAACUGAGGCUACGAACAACCAUUUCCCUGUGUACAUCCAUCAUGAAGAAUGUGCAAGCCAUGCAAAGCAGCAAGCCUAAUCUGACGAUUAACAGUGAUAGCUCAUCAGGUUUCAGACAGCCACUAGAUGUUGCGUCGGCUAGCAAUUUGAAUGGUUAAAUUCAGAUAUUCCCCACAUAUCGCUCAGCAAUUGACAUACCAAGGACAUUGUUCAGAGCACAUCCGAUCCAUCGUCAGUCCGGUGCAACAGGGCAAGGCAUGAACGAAGUAUUAUAGUAGGAGUAGCUCUCUUGCAAUUGUCAGAUUUUGCAACAUUGUCGAUUAUUUUGUAGCCUGUAUAUCAACCAUGUAGGACUAGUCUGUAGAACAGCGUAGAGAUGGUACCUUUGUUCUUUAUGUCAGUCUCGUGGAUGGGGAAAAAUUAGAACCCUGCUACUCUUGGAGCUGCAGGUUUAGUAUGCCAUUAUGAAUUUUUAUGGGAAUGGCAAUAGCAUAAAGCCCAUUUGUACAAGCUGGACAGCCAGUCGAACUUGUGUUUUGAUUGUACAAAUGUGAGAAGAUGUAUCUGUUUUUGUCGAAUUAGUUAAUCUCUUGCUGAUUUGCCUAAAUCUAACCAAUU